AUGGUCAUUCCGAUCAGUUGCUCGAAUUUCACGGACGGCCUUCGAAACUCUCUGCCGCAUUGGCCAACAUCCUCGCUUACUCUGGCCAUAUCUGCCAUUCUAGUUUUGAUACCGCUUCCUCAGGAUUCCCAUCUUCCUGUGGAUUCCAGCACACCGCUGAAACGAUCCUUGGCACAUCUCUUCGCCGAAGCGGCAUUCGAUGAGGUGGAUAACGAGAUUGACAGAAUUACCCGAGCAUCUUCCCGUGCUAGUGAUGUAUUCAACGAGCAAAUAAGCCUCGAUGAAUCAUCUCGGCUGUAUCCAAUUCUUGCUCUUGUUGUAUUGAGUGUCUAUGAAUACUGCCAAAGAGGUAGCAUUUCUCGUAUGCGCGGUCGCGCUAAUCAAGCAGUGACUGCCGCAAUGGAUCUAUCACUUCAUGCUCUUGGCCAUACGUCAACAGAGGCAGAGCGUCGAACAUGGUGGAGUGCCAAGCUGAACAAUCGUUGA